GGUAAGAUUCUUAGAGGGGAAGCAUCCUGGAGUACAUGUCUGGGCUAGAUCUCUCGUGCAACAAUUUGAGCGGUUCUAUCCCACCAGAAAUUGGGUACAUGAUCAAUCUUCUCAUAUUGAACCUUUCAAAUAAUCAUCUCCUGGGCCCGAUUCCAAGCACAUUCUCUGGAUUGAAACAAAUAGAGAGUCUCGACCUUUCAUACAAUGGGUUGACUGGAAAAAUACCACCGCAGUUGACAGAGCUCUCCUUCUUAUCGAUCUUCACUGUGGCUCACAAUAACCUAUCGGGGCAAACGCCUGAAAGGAAAAACCAAUUCGCCACGUUUGAUGAAAAGAGCUAUGAAGGUAACAUCUUCCUCUGCGGGCUGCCAUUAGAGAGUUGCAACACUUCAGGGCAGUCUCCGCUGACACCAACAAUUCCAGAUCAAAAGGAAGACUACUCCUUCAAAGAAGCCUUCGCAUGGAGCUUUGCGGGAUCAUAUGUCGUCGCAUUCCUUGGAACUGUGGCGUUUCUCUUCAUUAGCUCCCACUACAGAACAAUCAUGUUUAACUUUUUCUAUAGGCAAAUCAUCUGUUUUUAUUGAUAGGCAGAUCACACGUGAUGGAGAAGAGCUUUCUUG